CCGGUCCCAUGUCAUCCUGGGCGUCCAGGCUCGGACCGGCUUGCGGGCCCAGAGUCACCGAAUGCCUGACUCUCCCAGAAAUCAGCUCCGUGAGCUUGGGGGAGGGGUGUAGAGUCGGGUCUGGGAUGCCCUCCCCCCUACAGCAGCUGGCUCCCUUCGGGGCUCCCCUCCCCUGACCCUGCUGAUGCGAAGCCACUCUGUCCAGUGUAUUCACAUCAAGAGAGCUGCCGGUGGCGGGCGCCUGGCAGGCAGGGGAUGCUGGUGGCGACAGUGGCUCUGCACACCAGGGCUUUCUUCAGCAGAGCACAGGGCUCCUCCUGCCUAGCCUCACUUUCCGGAGGAGGAAACCCAGGCUCCUCCCUGCCUGAACUGCCUGCAUCUGGGGGAUGGGCCACAGCUGGGCUUGGCGCUGUCUUGACACCUGAAGUUCCUGCUCCCAACUGCAGGCCCGCAGCCCAGGCCCAGACUGGGCGGGAGAGACCCGAGGCACCUUCUCGGCCUGUGCCAGCCCCUCGCCAAAUCUGUUCUGCUCCCUAGCAUUUUCCUUCUCCCAGCACCUGGGAGCUAGCACCCCCCACCCACCCACCCCGAGUGUCCUUCCCCCGCCCACAGCUGUCUCCAGCAGAAGGCUCCAGCCAGCUCCUCCCACCCGGCGCCUCCUGCAAGACAGAACCAGAACCCCAGCUGGUCACAUCCAAAGCGCUUUCUCCACCCACGGCCAACGGCCUCUGUCCAAGGCAGCCCCACGCAUUCACACCCACCUGGUUGAGUCACAGCCACCUGGCUGCCUCCCUGUGCCACUAGUGUGACUGGUAGCACAUCGAGCAGGGCUGACUUCUUUGCCUUCGUGAGACCCCGACGGGACACCUGUCCCCCCAGAAUGAAGGUCCUCCUGCCGGUGCUGCUGGCUGCCCUCCUGGGUGUGGAGCGAGCCCACUCCCUGGUGUGCUUCUCUUGCACGAAUAAGAACAGCAAUUUUUACUGCCUGAAGCCCACCAUCUGCUCCGAUUCGGACAACUACUGCGUGACCGUCUCUGCAUCUGCUGGCAUUGGGAACGUGGUGGACUUUGGCUACACCCUGAACAAGGGCUGCUCCCCGAUCUGUCCUGGCCCCAGUGUCAACCUCGGUGUGGCGUCCGUAGGCACCCACUGCUGCCAGAGCUUUCUGUGCAACAUCAGCGCGGCCGACGGCGGGCUGCGGGCCAGCGCCGCCGUGCUGGGCCUCGGGCUCCUGCUCAGCCUGCUGUCGGCUCUGCUGCGGUUUGGCCCCUGACCCCUUCUCUGUGCCUGGCCCCGACUCCCAAAGCUCAGGAAGAAAGGAACGCCCAGCCCCUCGAGACCCCAGAGGAUCCUGACGCCGACUCCUCACCCUGCUGCUCCCACCCCCUCAGCCCUGGGACCCACGGGCAGCCCGCCCCCUGCACCUGCACCUGCCAGCCCCCCGACUUGGUGUGUGUGUCAGCCUCCCUUGGGGGGACCUGGGAACGGAGACUGAGGGUCCUGGAGUCAGAACUGAGUCCCUGCUCCUGUGUGCCCCCAGGUAUGGAAGAUGGGCUGUGUGGACAGGCGUGCGGCCCGUGUGCCCUGCCAGGCGUGUGUGAGGGAAGGUGUGGACAUAAGUGUCAGGAGCCCAGCGUCAGCAGUCCCCGGGGCCCCAGGUGCCCGCACAGCCCUGUCCCCCAGUCUCUGCGCAGCUCAUUUGGCUCAGAGCUCAGCCCUCUGGGAGGCCCAGGCUCCACCGUCCCAGGUCUAGGCUGCUGACCCAGGAAUUCGCGCCCACCCCUGACCCGCUGCAGCCCCUGCCCCACCCCCCUGGGUCCUCCUGCUGCUUUGGUGCCUCAAAUAAACAUGGAUGUUCCCACCUUU